AUGUCCACUACACUAUCGGUACGUAUACCAGCGGGUAAAUUAGGCACAGUUCGUGUUGAUCGAACAGUCGAUAUCUAUCCAACUUCACUAAUAAAUGAUGAAAAUAUAUCGUAUGCAAAAUCAUAUAUUCCAAAAUUAAAAUCACAACGUCAAUUAACAGCAACAUCAACGCCAUUGAUUAUUACAAAUCCUCAAGAUGAAUGUAGUUAUAUUCCAAUAAUAAAAUCAAAUAAUCAGAGUGAUCCUAAUGAUGAAGAUAUAUCUGAUAUAGCUGUUAUUUAUUCACUUGUUCGACGUUCAUCAAUACGUCGAACAUCAUCACCAAGAUUAUCUGUUUUACCAUUAUCAGUAAAUUUUAAUAUUUCUCGACCAUAUAUAGCUAAAACUUAUACAUUAGAACCACCAUUAACUCCUACUGUAUCUCAUGUAUCGAAACAAGCACAAAUAAAAACAUUAUCAUCAAAACUUUCGACUAGUAAUUUUCUUUCAAUAUCUACAUCAUCUUCGACAGAAGUAAGUUCAUCAACUCGUAUUCAAACAUCAACAUCAUUUACAAGAAGUGAUCGACCAUUAGCACCAUCAGUUUCUAUAAAACCUCGACCAUAUUCAUUUCGAAAUACAGGGCGUAGUGCUCUUGAACGACAAAUAUCAAAUAUAACAGAACGUGUAGCACAAUUGCAAGAAACAUUUUUUUCUCGUCGAUCGAAUACAUCUAAUCAUCAACGAAAUCGUUCAUUAUCAAAUUUUCAAUCAACAAUAAUUAGUACAAAUAUACAUGAAUAUAAUAGAUCACAUAUACGUUUGAUCAGACCACGACCGAAAUCAGAAACUUAUGAUAAUCAUCGUCGUAUUAAUUCAGCUGGUUCGUAUGCUCAAUUAACUCUUCUUGGACAACCAAAAGUAAAUUCAAUAUCACAAACACAGAAAACAAUUCCAGUUGAUUAUCAAAAUGGUCGUGUACAAUAUCGAACACAAACUUCAAAUCCUGAAAGACCACAUAGUACAAUUAGUUCAAACUCAUUACAAACAGUAUUUGAUACAAAAAGAACACGUGAUAGUUAUGAAAAACUCCUGAAACAAUUAGAAAUCUCAAGAAAAGAACUUGAUCGUCAACGAUCAAAGGGUCUUAAUCAUCAUCCGGCAAGAAUUUUACAACUUGAAAGUCAAAUAAAACAAUAUGAACAACAAUUAAACAAAUUUAAACCUUAUUUAGAUUCCAUUGACGUAUUCACCGAUCCAUCAUCAAAUAUAUAUGAUGAUAAUGUUAUUACUCGACCACAGACAUUCAUUGAAUCAUCUACAAAUCGACUAAGCACACAAUCUCAUGGCAAUAGUGGUCACAAGAAACAGAAUUCAUUACCUGAAUCAGCAGUAUUACAAGUUAUGACAGGCAUUUCGCCUUCAACUUCUGUCAGUUCGCCAUUACAUCAUAUUAAACGUAAAUUUCAUGGUGGAAAAACGGACGCAUAUGACCUUGUAAAGAAUUGGGAUUCGUUGAAUAGUAUUCCAACAGAUGAAACAUUUAAACUUCGUGAAUCAUAUGAAAUCGAUGAUGAUAAUUCUUAUACACUAUCAUCAAAUGUUCAAUCAAUAUCAUCAUUUGAUGAUAUUCAACAAUCAAUAAACACAUCAAAUUGGAUACCAUUAACUAUUUUCCUUAAUUUUCUACUCAAUGAUACAAACAGUGAUCCAAGUCAUUUAUUAUUUUACAUAAUAACUGAAGAUUUACGUAUAAGAAAAUAUGAUAAUCGUAAUGAAUUAAUUCGAUGGAUAUUUGAAAUUCAUUCAACAUUUACAAUGAAUGCUAGUCCUUUAUAUAUUGGCCUUCCUCAAUCACAAACAGACGCUAUUAAUCGAUGGUUAGAUAUUCAUCAACAAGAAACAACUGAGGAUGUAAAAAAUAUUUUUAAUGAUGCAAGAGAUCAUGCAAAAUCAAUAAUAACUGAUCGACAAAUAAUAGAUUUUAAUCAUAAACGAAAUAUUAAUAUAAAUAAUGAUUUAAAUUUAAAACAAAGUCAUUUUAUUGAAGAAAAUUUACGAUCAACAUUUGAAUAUCAUUAUAAAUCAUCAUAUAUUGAUGAUUGGAACAGUAUAAAAAAUGCUCGUAGUAUUGCAUUAAUAUGUGCAUUAGCAACAUAUUUGAAACGUUGUGAUAUUAAAAAAUGUGGAAACAUUCCAUUAGAAAAAAUUCCGAAAUUUCUCGAUAAAGAACAAAAACGUUUAUUAGCAAAAUUACAACGAACAACACCUAUUAAAAAAAUUAAAGAUCAUCAAUUAAAUGAACAUCAAUUUUUAAAUGAAACAUUAUGUCAAGUUUGUUUUAAACCAUUAUGGGGAAUAAAUUAUCAAGGAUAUUUAUGUGGAUAUUGUCAACAAGCAUAUCAUCGUGAAUGUGCAGUAAAUAGCGAAAAGUGUUCAAAAGAUCGAGCAAAAUUUCGAAAGUUUUCAAGUAAUCGAAAUCCAUCAAUUGCCUUAUAUUAUUCACUAUCAGGAUCAGUUUCAGCUGAUAAUCUUAUGCAAAAUUUAUCUAUUAUACCUAAUUCAUCAACACAAUCUCGAGGUUUUGUUCGACGUUCUGUUGGUGGAAGUAGUCCACCUAGAACUACAAGUAUGAUUGAAGCACGAGAAGGUAGUGUUUCGAAUGAUAUAUCUGAAAUGAUACCCGGUACAAAUGAAGGAAUUGAUCCAACAGAUGGAAAUUCAUCGUUUGCUGAACAAAAUAAAGUUGCAACUGUCGGUCGAUGUUCUAGUGAUCGUCGAGCAGCAUCUGAUCGACCAACUGCACCGAAAAAUCGUUCAAGCAGCAAUCCACAAAUGGGUGGAAAUACAAUUGAUGAAAUACUUAGUCAUCGUAUUGAUAGUGAUGUUAUUAAUCAACAGGAUGCCACAAGUCAACAAACCAAUUCUAUUGGAUUUAGUACAAGUCCUUCUGAAUCAGUAAUUCAACAAACAACAGAUGGUGAUAGUGAUCUUGAAGCUGAUGUAAAUACUUUACCAAAUUUAAGUGAAUUUAUUCCGAAUGAUAUCCUUCAAAUUCUAUAUCAAACCCGAGAAUGGAAAUUUCAAACAACAAUUAAUGAAUUAAUUCAUACUCAACGUACACAUUUAAAAAGUUUAAAAAUUAUGGUUAAAUGUUUUCGUGAACCUAUGGAACGUUUUCAUGGUAUGAGUCCAGUUGAACUUGAUUGUAUAUUUCGAAAUUUAGAUCAACUUAUUCAUUUACAUACUCAAUUUAAAUAUGCACUUCGUCAACAUCGUGAAGAAGCUAAAGAUCAUGUUGUACGAUAUAUUGGUGACUUAAUUCUUAAAUUUCUUGAUGGUGAUAAAGGUGAAGAAUUUGCUCGUGCUUGUGCAUAUUUUAUUGAAGAUCAAUCACAAGCAUUAAAAUUAAUUAAAAAAAAAGAACAAUCACCAGAUUUUGCAGCACUUAUGCGAAUGUGUGAGUCUAAUCCAUUAUGUCGUCGUUUAACAUUAAAAGAUUAUUUACCAUCUGUUAUGACACGUUUUACCAAAUAUAAAAUGUUAUUUGAAGCAAUGAAAAAAUUUGCCUCAGAAGAUCGUAUCGAAUCAGAAAAAUUAACUCGAUGUAUUGAAUGUGCUGAUAAAAUAUUAAAACGUAUGAAUGAAGCACGUUUAAAAAAAGAACAAGAAGCAUUAUUAAAACAAAUUAAAUCAAAUCUUGAUAUACAAAUACCAAAUGAUGAAAAAUUACAAAAUCUUCAAGAUUGUCUUGAACCAGCCAACAAUCGUUUAAUUUAUUCCGGUACAUUAAAAUUAUUACCUGAUGCAACAACACAAAAAGCGGAAUUUGAAUGUUGUCUUUUUAAUGAUAUAUUUGUUUUUUUUCAAAAAAUUCCUAUACAAUCAUUAGAACAACGCGGCAUCGAAGAAACAUAUAAAUAUGUUUUAAAAGAACAUCAACGUGAUGCUACUAGUGGACGUAAUCAACGACCACGUACAGCUGUUAAUCCUAAUAAAUAUCCAAGUGGACAAAAUUUUAUUUUAACACCUAUUAUACGACUUGAACAUUUAUUAAUUAAGAAAAAAGCAUGUGGAGGUGCUCGUUCUUUUUAUGUCAUUGAUACAGAUAAAAAACAAUUAAUUGAAGUCGAAGCUAAUUCAAAAGAUGAUCUUGAAAAAUGGUUAGAAUGGAUUGAAAAGGCUCGACAACCAUUUGAAAAAGCAAAAUCUUUUCCAUAUUCUUCAAAAGAAAAGAGUCUACAUUCAUCUUCAUCAACAUUAACAAUUCAAUCAACGAUUAGUGAAGAACAACCAAAUAUUCAAACAAUUGAAUCAAAUGAAAAAGAUACACCGGAAUCUAUAUUCAAUUCAAUAAUGACAACUGAUACAGAAAUAAAACGUUUAUUACAUGAAAAACAAAUGCUUCUAUCACGUCUUCUGAACAUUCCUCAAGAUACAUCAAGUUUUUCUUUACAUACUAUGAAACCAAAUACAUCAUUAGAAGCAGUUACAUAUGCAACUAGUUAUCAUAAUCAAUUAAUGCAAAUAAUUAAUCAAAUACCUAAUGAAAUAGAUAAAACUAUUGACAUACAAUCUAUUUCAACACCUUUAAUCAAACUUGGCGAACAAUUGACAUUAACUUUAAAAUUGUUAAGUCAAGAUUCAAAGAAAACAGAUAAUGAAAAUUUAGUAUAUCGAAGAAAUAGUAGUUCAUUUAAUGCAACACCAUCAAUGAAUACUGAUUCAUCUCAAACAUAUUCUGAUUUAUCAAUAUCAUCUCUUCAUUCAUCAAAAUCACUUGGUUCAGUAGUCAAUUCGUAUCAACAACAACAACCACAACAACAGCAAUCAUCAAUUACUGAUUUAGAUGAAGCAGUUAAAUCAACACCAUUAAAAGAAUUACAAGUUGCUCGAGAUAUUGUUGAACGUUAUGAUGAAGGAGUAUUUGAUGAUGGUGCUGGAAGUCAAACUGAAGAAGAUGAAAAUAACAGUGUAGUUAUUGCUGAUAGUGAUGAUGAAGAUGAAAUUGAACAUUUUGAUUCAACCGAUUGUAUUAUGACAAAUAUUGAUAAUAAUCAACAACAAGUAAAUAAUGAUUAUUUGGUAUGUUCUGAAAAUAAUCAAAAUGAUCGAAAGAAUUCAAAUAAUACAUCCAGGGAAGGUAAAACAAUUAAUUUCGGUAAUGGUUAG